AUGAUUAUUCCCAUCCGAUGCUUCUCCUGUGGAAAGGUCACUGGUGACCUUUGGGAGCGCUACCUUACACUGAUCGCAGAUCCCCGAAAGUCUGACGGCGACGCUAUGGACGAGCUCGGCUUGAAGAGAUACUGCUGCCGUCGUAUGGUCAUGACCCACGUCGAUCUUAUUGAGAAGCUUCUCAAGUACACCCCCGAUGGCCGAAACGAGAAGAAGCAGGUGUUGAGCCAGAACGUAUAG